GCUAUACAUCAAUUUAGCGUUUUAAAUUAAAAAAAGGAGAGUCGUGCAUUGAUAUAAUCACAAAGGAUAUAUAGCAUACACAAUGAUUUGUAAAGACGAUCUGGUGACUUGGUUUAAGAAUCUAGAGAGUUAUAAACGAAUAGAUGUUAUGUGUACUCUACUUAAUUUGUGCCUUCCAUUUGAGCUACGCUUUUUAGGAACUUGUCUUGAGGAGUUGGGUCGGCGCGAUGCUCAAGAUUUACGCGGUGUUGAGUUACGUGUCAACAAUCCACAAGAGUUUGUGACUGAUGUAGGUUCAUUUCAAUCGGGACAGCCAACAGAUAUGAAAAUUAGACGGAAAAUGGCAUUAUAUUUAGCAUUAAUGCGAGCAUGUAAUCGAACUGGAGUAAAUGAACUCUUUAAAACACUCGAUCGUUGGGGUGAUAGAGACUUUACAAAAUUCAGUGAUGGUGAUCCACUUCAAGAGCUCCUUUUAGUUUACACAAUGGCCACAAAUCAUCCAGUCUUUAGUUUCGAACAACGCCUAAAAUGUGGGGAGAUUUAUAGUAAAAUAACAUCGAGUAAAGCGCAUUUAAAUCAACAACAAUCCUCAACAAGUACGUCGCCAGUAACAUCUCCAGUGUCGUCAUUUAGUGUUCAGCAUCAAACAGCAUCUCCGCCACCUUUUCAAUCGGGAACUUUUCAACAACAGCCUAAUCCUCAACAAAUGAUGAAUCCUACAACCCAACAGCAAAUACCAAAUCCCAUUCUGAUGCCAAUGGCCUUUCCCCAAGCUGCACUAAUUUCAUCAGGAGAUCCCUCAACAUCAACAAUCGCAUUGUCAGUAGAAAGUCUGCCUUCUCAUUUAGUAGCUGCUCCAAAUAUGGUAAUUCCACCAGAUUUCACUACUCCACCGCCACAUUGGCAAAUGAGGUUUCAGCCACAAAUGUAUCCCACAAUUGUUCCAAUAGAGACACAACAACAAUAUCCUCCUCAAACAUCAUCGCCACAUAUAAGUCAACCGUCAUCGCCGACACACAGUAGAACUGGAAGUCCGGCAAGAUCACAACAAUCGCAAACAGUUACACAAAAUCAACAACUGCCGCCUAGAAGAGGCAUGAGAACGAGACCAACGACAGAAACAACACCUCCUCCGUUACAACAACAAACAACGAAUGCGCAACAAAGUAGCCAGCAGCAAACGCAAGGAAGUGGCACCAUAAAUUUUAACAUGGGCAACGACAUCACAAUGGUCCAGACGAUUAAGAACUUUGACGAACUAAACAUGGAUGGUGCCAUUUCCCAGCUACAUUCGUUGACGAUUCGUAACGGUUAUAAUCGUCCGUCAAAUACAUUACCGAGACAAAGUAACAAGCCUAAUUGGACUACACUUCAAUGGCAAAUGCAACAGCAGCAGCAACAACAACAACAACAAAUUCAAUCGCCUCAAACGCAUAUUAGUUAUGUACCAAUGCAUUUGGAUCCUAUACAAUUAAUACAGCAGCAGCAUCAUCAUAAAUCCACAACGGGAAGUGAAUCAGGCUCAUCGACUGGCGGAGAUUUGUCACCUCCACCACAAAGUAAUAACUCAACAGAUCCAAAUAUUGUUUUACAUGGUAAUACAAAUCAAUCACAAUCGAGCGGUUUAAGAAACAAAGCAUUAAAUUUAAACAGACUUAAUGGCAGUGGAAAUCAAUCACCACAGCAGCAACAACAACAACAACAAAUGCAUCAAACAAAUAAUCUAGAUUUUAAUGGGACACAAAAUAAUCCCGUUCCAAAUACAUUAGUAUCGAGUAGUUCAAGUGGUAAUCUUUUGUUAAUUGGAGGACAAAUGCACAAUUUUCCAACCUAUAGAAAUUUGCCUGGAACGGCAACUAUACAAAGGCAAUUUCCCCCACAAAUAAAUGGUGAGCUAACUGCCAUAUAUCCAUUCAAUACACCUGGAACGACAUUUAUUCAGGCACCGACACAAGUUGUAACGUCACAGCCACAACAAAAUAGAGUAUCACCAUCUCAGACACCACCCGUCUUAUUACCUACACCUUAUCCAACGAAUAAAUUAGUUCAAUCAUGUUUUAAUUGUGGCUCUAUAAAUCAUACUGGUCUUAAUUGUUCAGAGGCUUCAAUGGAAGAUGUGACUAGAAAUGCAAUUUAUAAAUUGGACUAUACUGUGAGUAGUGCACAAACACAAUUUUCAUCAACACCAGUCCUGACUGCAACAUCAUCGUCUGGAAAUUUAAAUCAGUUACAAGGCAUUAAUCAAUCUGCUUCUUCAAUUAAUAAUAAUUUAGAGCCAGAGCCUAUUUUUAUUGAUUUGACACAAGAUACAAGUAGCGAUAGUAGUAUUAGUAACAGAUAAAAACUAGUCUACAAUAAUGCGAAUACCUUUUUGUGAAAAGGAGCAUAGGCAUAGAUGUCAAGCUGGUGAUGAAAUCAAAAAAAAAAUAUGAGAAAAAAAGACAGUGAAAGAAUGCGAUUUAGAUAUUUUUUCAAAAUAUUCACAACUCUCACUCAUUCAUUUUUAGAAACAAAUUUCAUUACAUGAUGGAUAAAAAAAACUUUUUGCAUACUAGUUUUUUCAGUGGUUGUGCCAUUUCAUUCUAUAGACUUUCCUCUUAUUGUUUCAUUUUGUCCUGUGUUUAAUGUAUUUUUUUUUUCUCCUUUU